GCCGCCUCAGCCAGUGCCCCACCGGGGGGCCUUGGGCCCCGGGCAUGCGAUGAUCUCAGAGCAAGGGCAGCCACCGCCACCCGACCUCACCAGCCAUGAAUGCCCACCCCAAGGAGAUGGUGCCCCUCAUGGGCAGAAAAGCCACCGUCACCAGUGGGAACCAAGUCGUCCUACAGGAGAAGCGGCCAGCGGAGAUCACCCCCACUAAGAAGAGCGCGCACUUCUUCCUGGAGAUUGAAGGGUUUGAGCCCAACCCCACAGUCGCCAAGACCUCUCCCCCCAUCUUCUCCAAGCCGAUGGAUUCCAACAUCCGGCAGUGCCUCUCUGGCAACUGUGAUGACAUGGACUCCCCGCAAUCUCCUCAGGAUGAUGCGACAGAGACGCCAUCCAAUCCCAACAGUCCCAGUGCAAACCUGGCCAAAGAAGAGCAGAGGCGGAAAAAGAAGCGGCUGAAGAAGUGCCUAUUUGCGGCUGUGUCCGAGGGCUGCGUGGAGGACCUGGUGCAGCUACUGGUGGAGCUGCAGGAGCUUUGCAAGAGGCGCCGCAACCUGGACGUGCCCGACUUCCUCAUGCACAAGCUGACGGCCUCAGACACAGGGAAGACCUGCCUGAUGAAGGCCUUGCUGAACAUCAACCCCAACACCAAGGAGAUCGUGCGGAUCCUGCUCGCCUUUGCCGAUGAGAACGACAUUCUGGACAGGUUCAUCAACGCCGAGUAUACCGAGGAGGCCUACGAAGGGCAGACGGCGCUGAAUAUCGCCAUCGAGCGGCGGCAGCGAGACAUCACAGCGCUGCUCAUCGGGGCCGGCGCCGACGUCAAUGCCCACGCCAAGGGGGUCUUCUUCAACCCCAAGUACCAGCACGAGGGCUUCUACUUCGGCGAGACACCCCUUGCCCUGGCAGCAUGUACCAACCAGCCCGAGAUCGUGCAGCUGCUGAUGGAGAACGAGCAGACAGACAUCACCUCGCAGGACUCACGGGGCAACAACAUCCUACAUGCGCUGGUGACGGUGGCCGAAGACUUUAAGACACAGAAUGACUUCGUUAAGCGCAUGUAUGACAUGAUCUUGCUGAGGAGUGGCAACUGGGAGCUGGAGACCAUGCGCAACAAUGACGGCCUCACCCCGCUGCAGCUGGCCGCCAAGAUGGGCAAGGCCGAGAUCCUGAAGUACAUCCUCAGUCGUGAGAUCAAGGAGAAGCGACUCCGGAGCUUGUCCAGGAAGUUCACCGACUGGGCAUAUGGGCCUGUAUCAUCCUCGCUCUACGACCUCACCAACGUGGAUACCACAACAGACAACUCGGUGCUGGAAAUCAUUGUCUACAAUACCAACAUUGAUAACCGGCACGAGAUGCUGACCCUGGAGCCCCUGCACACGCUGCUGCGUAUAAAGUGGAAGAAGUUUGCCAAGUACAUGUUCUUCCUGUCCUUCUUCUUUUAUUUCUUCUACAACAUCACCCUGACUCUCAUCUCUUACUACUCGAGGGGCCUCCCUGGCUGGAGCCCCCGACUGCCCCUGGCCCUGCCGCACCCCCUGGCCCUGACGCACAAGAUGGGGUGGCUGCAGCUCCUGGGAAGGAUGUUCGUGCUCAUCUGGGCCAUGUGCAUUUCUGUGAAGGAGGGCAUCGCGAUCUUCCUGCUGAGACCCUCAGAUCUGCAGUCCAUCCUCUCGGAUGCCUGGUUUCACUUUGUCUUUUUUGUCCAAGCUGUGCUUGUGAUACUGUCUGUCUUCUUGUACUUGUUUGCCUACAAAGAGUACCUCGCCUGCCUCGUGCUGGCCAUGGCCCUGGGCUGGGCGAACAUGCUCUACUACACGCGGGGGUUCCAGUCCAUGGGCAUGUACAGCGUCAUGAUCCAGAAGGUCAUUUUGCACGAUGUUCUGAAGUUCUUGUUUGUAUAUAUCGUAUUCUUACUCGGAUUCGGAGUAGCCCUGGCCUCGCUGAUUGAGAAGUGUCCCAAGGACCACAAGGACUGCAGCUCCUAUGGCAGCUUCAGCGAUGCUGUGCUGGAACUCUUCAAACUCACCAUAGGCCUGGGCGACCUGAACAUCCAGCAGAACUCCAAGUACCCCAUCCUCUUCCUGUUCCUGCUCAUCACCUACGUCAUCCUCACCUUCGUCCUCCUCCUCAACAUGCUCAUCGCCCUCAUGGGAGAGACAGUUGAGAACGUCUCCAAGGAGAGUGAGCGCAUCUGGCGCCUGCAGAGAGCCAGGACGAUCUUGGAGUUUGAGAAGAUGCUGCCAGAAUGGCUGAGGAGCAGGUUCCGGACAGGAGAGCUGUGUAAAGUGGCAGAGGAAGAUUUCCGGCUGUGUCUGCGGAUCAACGAGGUGAAGUGGACUGAAUGGAAAACACACGUCUCCUUCCUCAACGAAGAUCCCGGGUCCGUGAGGCGGACAGAUUUCAACAAAAUCCAAGAUUCUUCCAGGAGCAACAGCAAAACCACCCUCAAUGCGUUCGAAGAAAUAGAUGAGUUUCCGGAAACUUCAGUGUAGCAGCAGAAUCCGGAGCUGGUGUGCG